AUGGAAAUCAGCGAGGAAGCAUGCAAGGCUAAGCGCCAGAAGCGUGCACUGGACGACGAACCGUAUGGAGAUGAGAGUGAAGCGCUAGUGGUACGACGCCGUGACGAGGUGAAAGAAUUGUUGGGUCCGGAAAAGUUCCAUAGAUACCUUAAAUGCAUCCAAUGUUGGUUUACGAAGAUUCCGGACAAUCGCUAUUUGUUGGCUGCUGUAAAACUGUUCCCCUCCGAAGCAGUCUACCCGCACUAUAAAUUCCUUAUGCCGUUCCUCUACCUUUGUCAGGCGAAGAACUUCAGUACUGGUAACCGUCGAGCUAACAUGCUGGAAUCGACGAUGCCCGAUUGGCAGACUAAUGACAUUACGAAUGAAUCUACAGGAAGUUACUGGGACCAUUCAUUUGCAUCAGUUGAUGUCGCUGGUGGGUCUCGCGGAGGUUUUGCCAAAGAUCUGAACGAUUCGCUGAGUAUUGGCCACUCGAUGUUGUCUGACAACGGACUGAUGUACGGCAUGACGCUUUUACGUUCAUGGAUGAAUGGCGUUGAUUAUGUAGAUGAUGCUAUUUCAGGCUACAUCACUGAAGCUGUAAUGCUUUUGGUGAAGAACAUCUGCUUCGGAGCACUGCGACUCAUUGUUCCGUGCUAUUAUAAAGGCGCCAGUGCCACACUGUUACCUCCCGCGCUUUACGAUCUGAAAGAUAGCGAUUACAUGGUGGUGAAAGGCAUAGUUAGAAAGCUGGUCGAAGACGUCGUAAAAAGUGUUGAAUUUCCACUGACCAGCGUACAUCCUUUGUCUAACUUUGAAACGGAUGUGGUGAGAAGCGAUUUCAGUGACAGCAAGUCAAGCGGUAAUGUAGCUGCCGAUUUACCCUUACCGAACUUUCCCGUUGACCGUAUCAGAGCGAUCGACCUCAUGGAUGCAGUUCUAGUAAGUGUUAUAGCUAUUUGUUGUUCGUCUCUAAUCACUGUUUGAGU